AUGCACGGCAUGUCGCGCCACGUCACCAAGUACGCGGCGCUCUACAGCGACCUCGGUUUCUCGUCAAGCACAAUCGUACUGAGCCGCGGCUUGGACUUUUUCACUCCGUGGACAUCGGUUGCCGCCGAGACGGCUGCGCGCCUCUGUGAUCCGACUCAAACGCUGCGCCUUCACGUGCACAUCAUGUCGAAUGGCGGUGCACGGUCCUGGUUCUGCCUCGAGCAACACCUUCAGCGGCGCCAACAGCCGUACAUCGUCACGUCGUUUGUCUUUGACUCGGCGCCGAGUAUGGUCCGCGGCGGUGUCGGCGACCCGCGCCCGUUCGUAGCACACGUCAAGAACCCGGUGGCGCGUGGCGCUCUUUACGGCGUCAUGAAGCUCGUCAUGGUCGCGUGGAGCGCGCUCGCGUGGCUGCUGCGAUGGGAUCAUCCGUUCACGCAGCUCUUCGAGUCGCAGAUCUGCACAACGGGUGCGAUCCCCAAACUCUUUUUGUACUCGAGCGCCGACACCAUGGUGGUCGCCACCGACGUCGAGGACGCGAUCCUCGUGGCCAAAGCCGUCGGCGCCCGCGUCGAGAGCGUCGACUUCAAGACGAGCGCGCAUGUCGCCCACUACAUGGCGCACCCUGAGACCUACCGUGCGGCCCUCGCUUCGUUCUUUCCGUGGUACGACACGCUCGAAGGCAAGUACUUUACGCUCCAGGGCUUCCGCAUGACGUGGCUCGGCCGCCAGUGCACGCACAUCCUCGUUUCGACGCUCGAGUUUCUCAAGAUUGCGCUGAAAGGUACGGUCAAGGUCUCGCUCAUGCUCAAGAAGACGACAUUGUCGCUGCCGGCAAGAUGGACAUCUUCACGCCGUCUGUACUACCUCCGACCUGGCAGCACGGCAGUCGCAAUGGGAGUCUGGUUGUGA